AGUCUACAAGAAAUAAGAACUUUUCUGCUAUUCUUUCAAAACUUGGAUGUGUAGCAGAUAUGUUGUGGGACCAGACUAAGAAUGAAGACGCUGAAGGUCCUGUACCCUCUGUCGGUAUUUCUGUUUGUUUUCCUGCUAACUUAUGUCUAUUUUCACAGAACAGCCACGCGGUACCAAACCGUAGUGUUAAACACUGAACCCACGAAGACAGACUUGGGUCUAGCCUCGAACAACGAAGCAGACUUUAAAGAAAUAGUGUUGCCGUCAUAUGAUGUCGACUUAAAGUUAAUUAAAGCCGUGGACAGUCUUCAGAGACGAGAGCCGACAGAAAUUGGACCGGUUAACUACGAAAAAUUCCGUUACAUGCUGAAUCCGAAAAAUGUCUGUAAAGGAUUUCAAAAAACGUUGACAAACGUGCUUGUGUUGGUAAAAUCUGCCCCAGAUCAUCAACGGCUGAGACAGUGGCUACGGUUGUUAGUGAAGGAUACUGCCGGAAGUUAUGCCAAAAACAUACGAAUGCUCUUCUUGUUAGGGUUUUCUGAGAAAGUGAACAGAGAUCUAAAGAUAGAGCAUACCAAAUACGGUGAUAUCAUUCAGAAAAAUUUCAUUGACACAUACAGAAAUCUGACGUACAAAACUCAAAUGGGCUAUGAGUGGGCAACUGCUUUCUGUUCGUCUGCCAGUUUUAUCAUGUUUCAAGAUGACGAUUUUUUCACCAAUGUGAAGAACGUGUUCAGCUUUAUUUCCAAGCAGUACAAGCCGGAAAAUGUGUUUAUAGGACGCCUGGUAAAGUCUGGAGCGUCUGUUGUCCGAGACAGAGCCAGUAAAUGGUUUGUGUCCAACAUUGUGUUCUCCAACGACGUUUUCCCGCCUUAUUUCCCGGGAGGAAGUUACCUUGUAAGUGCGGAGAUAGGUAGGAGGCUAUCCCUGGCUUUUCCUUAUGUUCAAAACAUCCCCGUGGACGAUGUGUAUGUGGGCCUUGUAGCAUCAAAAUUGGGCAUUACUCUGAAAUAUUCUGCGCUCUUUGAUUUUGCAAAUUGUCAAAACUGGAGUAAUUCCUUGGCGUGUAAAGCCUUCCUGUAAAACGACAUAUAAUGCAAGUGAAGAAUUCUGGCCUCGAUUACAUCUGAAUUGUUUGUGAAGAAUACACAAUUUAAGAUGAACUGGUUGGUUGUUCGUUUUACGUCCCGUCGAGAAUUUUUCACUCAUACUGAGACGUCACCAGCUGUGAAGGCGUAGCAGUGUACCAACGCCUGCAGCGACACGGGACUUCCGUUUUUAACGUCAUAUCCGAAAGACCCGUGAUUCUCACUUCUAAAUGCCGAGCAUUUGGCGAAGGAGCAGUCACUGCCUAUGUUUACGUCAUAGGUUUGACGCAGCCGUGCCAGGAGCGGGACAUGAACUCACGACCGCCCGUUUACGAAGCAUAUGUUCUACCACUGAGAUGGUUGAACUCUUUGAUCUCAUGAAUUACAUGUGCACAUUUACAUUCCGGAGAAUAUGUACCAUUACAUUCUGAGGAGUACCGGGGUUGUUUCAUCUAAUUUUCAAUCCAUGAAGCAAAUGACUAACGAAUGGCCUUGGUUGUGUUUGCUUCCGAUGAAUACACGAUAAGCGCAGUAAUAACACCCUGAAUAUACACUGAUACAUUCUGUUUGAGUCGAUGAUAUGGGGCUCACGUCAACCCCUAAAGUUAUCAGACAGCAGACCUUCAUUGGACCAGCAUGGAUCCAGUGAUGCUCGCUUUAAAUAUCAUCUGUCCAAUGUUGGCAAGCAAAAUGGUCCCAUUAUCGGUUACCCACGGAUGCUUUUCAUCGAUGUUUGAGGAAGCGUGUGUGGUUUGCAACGAUGCAUUGGCCCUAUACUGACAAUUGGUCCAAUUGUUCAAGCGUGCCAAUUGGUGAAAUUUUGGUACCAUGUUUUAUAAAUGUUUGGUGAACGUUGCAUCAAGGCAAUAAAUACUGUACAUUUUUACGUCAAGCCAAAUUGUCUCAGAAAACAAUAAACCCUAUGAAA